GACCGUGUGAAUUACACAGCAGAAAAGUCAAAACAUGCAUUCUAUAUCAACGUCUUCACCAAUGAGUUCCAGAGCAGUCAGAGUCGGAGCUUCUUGGGACACCCAGCAAAGACUCCCUUACAACCGCAACGCCCCACGAAAGUUAAAGCAAACCCCGUCCUCCACUUCUAUUGCCAUCACCACCGAAACCCCUCCAACUGUCACCCUAACUGCCUCAACUACCCGUUCUUCCGACCACGUUUUCGAAUUCCUCAAACGCCCAACUCAAGAGGAGGAGAGAGUGAGAAUGGAUGACUUAUAUAUGGGUUAUGAGCGAUGGUUGCCUAGUCCUCCCAAGAUUCAGAAGCCAAGUUCUCCGAAGGUACAGAAACCUAGUCCGCCAAAGGUUCAGAAGCCGCAGACUGUACUCAAUGCAGUCUCAUUAGCUUACCUCGGUGACUGCAUAUAUGAGCUAUAUGCUCGCAGACACUUCUUGUUCCCCCCCUUGAGUAUCGAAGAGUACAAUGAUCGUGUGAUGGCUGUUGUACGCUGUGAAGCACAGGAUGCAUUGCUCCAGAGACUUUUAAAGGACAAAUUUUUAUCAGAAGAAGAGAGGAAUGUCCUUAGGUGGGGAAAGAACAUAACUUCAGCUAAGACACGAACUAAGAAGCGUGCUGGUGCAGCAGUCUAUAACAGAGCAUCUUCACUGGAAACAUUAGUUGGACAUCUCUACCUGACAGAUAUGAACCGUUUGGAAGAAGUCAUGGUGAAGUUGGGAUUCUCAACUGAUUCUUCGAUGCAGUUGACAUCAGAGGAUGCUAAUGGGCUAGCAUCCUAGUUGAUGAAGAUGGCACUGAUCUAGUUUCCGGUGGGAAAAUUUGGGCGUGGUUUGCGAAUCUGUUUAGUUUAAGAAAUUCUACAACCCAGAAUUUUUGUUUAGGCCAAUAUAAAGUAGUCAUGUAUGCAUCAAAAGCUUAAAGCUUUGUGCUCAGACAAUAUUGUGCAAGU